UCAUUUGUUGCCUUUGCACCAUCCCAGGCAUACGUACACAAAAGUGUGAUGGAGGAGCUGAAGAGGAUCAUUGAUGACAGUGAGAUCACCAAGGAAGAUGAUGCAUUGUGGCCACCUCCUGACAGAGUUGGCAGACAGGAACUGGAAAUCGUCAUUGGUGAUGAACACAUUUCAUUCACAACUUCCAAAAUAGGUUCCCUGAUUGAUGUCAACCAGUCAAAGGAUCCUGAAGGUCUUCGCGUGUUCUACUACCUGGUGCAAGAUCUGAAAUGUCUCGUCUUCAGUCUCAUCGGUCUACACUUCAAGAUCAAGCCCAUCUAAAAUGUGUAUUUUGCUCAUUUAAUUGCUUUUGCUAAUGUUUCUGUUGUUGAACUAACGCAUUUGUACAUUUGCUUUUGGUGGAACUGUUUUUUAUUUUAAAUAAAGGGUGAGAAAAUC